UCCCCCACAGCGUGUUACCCUGUAGCUGUCUGAGCAGGUGGAGAGAGCGACACAAACACACAACGCCAAGAGCAGGAAGGGUUAAAGGCAUCAUCGCAGCCAUUAGAGGGAAAAGUUGAGGCGAUGCAAGCCAUGUAGACUCCUCUCCCACCCUCCCCCCUGCCAGUCUCCCCCACGCCCCACUUUCCCAAGCCGGAUCACUGUUUAGGGAGGGCAGUCAUCACGCAAUCCUGAGCAGCAGGAGCUGACGUUGGACGGAGCUGCCAGGUAGCUGGAGGAAAAAAAAGGCACAGAAGGCAGCUGAUCCCCACUUUUCAUCGGUUUCUGAGUCUGGAUCUGGACUUCAAGCAUCACAGCGCCCGCGCCAGCUGAUCUGAACCUCAGUGUAUUAGAACCCCCGCUCUUCCCAGAGACAAGAUUGCACUGAGUAGCAGAAUGCGAGCAGUGUCGCAGCCAGGGCUACAGCACCCAGCCGCUUUGUAAUUUAUCCCCCGCUCCCAUCCCUCCUCCUCCCUUGUAUUAUUCCUUUCUUUGAGGGCACCUUUGGCUUUUGUUACCCUGAUGUGACUUUUUCUUCGCUUUGGAAUGAUGGGGAUCUUUCUGGCUUAUGUUGGAUUCAUUUUCUUUUCAGUGAUGUAUAUUCAGCAAGGACUUUCCACCCAAGCAAAAUUCACUGAGUUCCCCCGAAAUGUCACGGCCACCGAAGGGCAAAACGUGGAGAUGUCUUGCGCCUUCCAGAGCGGCUCAGCCUCGGUGUACCUCGAGAUCCAGUGGUGGUUCCUGCGGGCCGCCGAGGACCAGGAGGCUGGAGCCGAGGUGACGGGCACUCAGGUGGAGCUCUUACCAGAGAGAGACUUGGACAAUGAUGGAACAAAGAUAAGCACGGUGAAAGUACAAGGGAAUGACAUCUCCCACAAGCUGCAGAUUUCAAAAGUGAGGAAAAAGGAUGAAGGCUUGUAUGAGUGCAGGGUGACAGAUGCCAACUAUGGAGACCUUCAGGAAUACAAGGCUCAGGCAUUUCUCAAAGUCAAUGCGAAUAGCCACUCUCGGCGAAUGCAGGCCUUUGAAGCAUCCCCAAUGUGGUUGCAAGAUAUGAAACCUCGCAAGAACAUCUCAGCAGCUGUUCCAAGUAGCAACCAUAACCCUGCCAAUCAGCGUGUGCGAUCCACUUCCAGCCCUGAAGCAGCAGCCAAAAUCCCAAAACAAAGUCCACAAUCAGCAAAGAGCAAAUCGCCUGUAAAAUCCACGGAGCGGACAGCAAAGUUGACCCUAACCUCCAACCACCACUCUGCACCCAAUGUACUCUAAAUCUCUACACAAGGAGCACCUUCUUCAGGAAGUACAAAUAAUACAAAACAAAAUAAAAUACAAAAAUAUAUAAAAAAGAAGAGGAUACCACACAUUUUCUUGAAUAUAUAUUAUUUUCUUUGACGUAUCACUGAUCUUUUAUUUGAAGAGAACUGGUGUGAUGUAAUAGGACAUUUUGUAAUGGCAAGAUCUUGUUUCCAUUUCUUUCGGCAAGUAGAAGCAUUAUAUCCUUGACUGCUCAGGGGUUGGCCUGUGAGUCAUCGGUAUUACACGAUUAAUUGUGUAUGGCAUUUGGUUUCCAACUUUGAAAGAACUGUUCCAGCCUGGAAGCAAACAGAGGCCAAAAGAACCAAAACAAAUCUCCAGAAAACAAAUUGACUCAGUGUCAGCUACAACAAAACACUCCCACAAACUUUAACAAAAAGCCAUUUUUUUGUUUGUGGGGAGGGAGGGCAAACCAAAAAAUUCAACCUUAAAAGCAGCUAACAAGACUAAAGGAUGUGGUUUCUGGACAAGCAAGCAAGAAGUUGUACUAAGGUUCUUGUUCUUUUGUUUGUUGUUUGUUGCAUAUUUUUUCUUUCUCUCCUUUUCCCCCCUCCCUCUUCUUUUUUCCUUGGUUUGUUUCUUGUUCAAUGGUGGCAGUUGCUGACUUAGGCCAACUCCUGAUGACUGCGUGGAGGUUAAUAUAAAUACAUCUUUUUGUGUGUUCUAUAUUUCAGUGUGUUUUCUCUAAUUUUGCAACUCCUGUAUAUGCAAAACUAACUAAAUUCUGUAAAUUGCUAACAGUAUGUGUGAUAUGACUUCAGAGUAGACAUACUAUGGUCUUCAUGCAAGCCAGUUUUUAAUAUUAUCUAUAUGUCAUGCCACCAACAAUCAUCUUUGUUUCCUUUUUUGAUGAAGCAUUAUUUUUUAAUUUGUAAUUCAGUACUGUGUGGAUUUUGUAAUACAUACAUUCACUUCCACUGGUUUGACCCCUUACAGAUGGCAGUGCAGCCCUCUGUUUACUCUGUAAAAUGCACAUUAAAAUUUGUUAUGGUCUCUGAA